AGUACUAGUACUACAGCCAUUCGCCUGUUGAACGGACACAAGCCUAGCGGAGCUACGGAGCCAAUCAGCGUCAAGGUGAAUACUAGUACUACAGCCAUUCGCCUGUUGAACGGUCACAAGCCUAGCGGAGCUACGGAGCCAAUCAGCGUCAAGGUGAAUACUAGUACUACAGCCAUUCGCCUGUUGAACGGACACAAGCCUAGCGGAGCUACGGAGCCAAUCAGCGUCAAGGUGGCAAGCGCUCCGAAUAAAAAGGCAUCGCCAACGCUGCUCACACAGAUCAACCAAGCGGCUCACAGGCGCUAUGGAGGGCCCCUGUACCACCAGGCACAACGAUUCCGCUACUCGCCUCUCGGCGACUCGAUGGGCGGCCCCGGCUCCUCCCACCACCACCACCACCACCACCACCCCGCUCCUCACCACCACCACCACCCCGCUCCUCACCACCACCACCACCACCCCCAAGCCGCCUCUACCGCCUCAGCCGCCGCUCACCACUCGGUCGCUCACCUCGGAGGAGGAGGAGUGGGAGGAGGAGUGGGAGGAGGAGUGGGAGUAGGGGGAGGGAUCACCGGUCCUCACCACUCGUCCAACGCUCACCACCACCACCACCACCACCCAAACGCGGGCGCCUCCGCUCCUCACCACUCGGCCUCCGCUCCUCACCACUCGGCCUCCGCUCCUCACCACUCGGCCUCCGCUCCUCACCACCACCACGGAGGAGGCGGUGGAGGGGGUGGUGGAGGAGGCGGUGGAGGAGGCGGUGGAGGGGGAGGCGGUGGAGGAUUCUGCCUCUUUGUUUACAACCUCGGACCGGAGGCCGACGAGAGGGUGCUGUGGCAGAUGUUUGGGCCCUUCGGUGCAGUGUCCAGCGUCAAGGUGAUCCGUGACUUUGCAAGUAACAAGUGCAAGGGCUUUGGCUUUGUCACGAUGGGCAACUAUGACGAGGCGCUGAUGGCCAUCGAGUCGCUGAACGGUACGCAGCUGGGCGAGCGUGUCCUACAAGUCUCCUUCAAGACGGGCAAGGCUCACAAACCCUGAGGAGGUGGAGGAGGAGGACGAGGAGGACGAGGAGGAGGAGGAGGAGGUG